GGCCUGGCCUGUGCACUGGAGGGGCGGAACUGUUGUACUGCUGCCAUGUUUCCGCACUGUACGGUGUAAAGUGUGACACAACGCGGAAGUGACCACGCUGGAACGCAUGGCUGCAGACGGGGAGACGCUGAACUUCAAUGUGGGGGUCCUGGGUCACAUAGACAGCGGGAAGACAUCCCUGGCCAGGGCGCUCAGCACCACGGCCUCCACCGCGGCCUUUGACAAGAACCCCCAGAGCCGGGAGCGGGGGAUCACGCUGGACCUUGGCUUCUCCUCCUUCACCGUUCCGCUCCCGGAGCACCUGACCGGCACCGGCUACAAGAGCCUGCAGUUCACCCUGGUGGACUGCCCGGGUCAUGCCUCCCUCAUUAGGACCAUCAUAGGAGGUGCCCAGAUCAUUGAUUUGAUGAUGCUGGUCAUAGACGUGACCAAGGGUAUGCAGACGCAGUCCGCCGAGUGCCUGGUUAUCGGCCAGAUCGCCUGCAACAAGAUGGUGGUGGUCUUGAACAAGAUCGACUUGUUGGCCGAAAGCAAGAGGCAAUCGGCUAUUGAUAGGAUGACCAAAAGGAUGCUGAAGACACUGGAGAAUACUAAAUUCCACGGAUCUCCGGUUAUCUCUGUGGCUGCGAAGCCCGGGGGACCAGAAGCCCCGGAGUCUGUCACCGCCCAGGGGGUCUCGGAACUUAUCGAGCUCCUCAAGUCCCAGGCCUACCUUCCCCGUAGAGAUCCCUCCGGGCCUUUCCUCAUGGCUGUUGACCACUGUUUCUCCAUCAAGGGUCAGGGCACCGUAAUGACAGGCACCGUCCUCUCCGGCUCCGUCAGCCUAAAUGAUAAUGUGGAGAUCCCAACACUAAAGGUGACGAAGAAGGUGAAGAGCAUGCAGAUGUUCCACCGGCCAGUCAGCAGCGCCAUGCAAGGGGACCGCCUAGGGAUCUGCGUCACCCAGUUUGACCCCAAACUGCUGGAAAGAGGCUUGGUUUGCACCCCGGAUUCCUUGCACACCAUCCACGCUGCUAUCAUUUCCGUCAACAAGAUCUCCUACUUUAAAGGAUCUCUUCAGACCAAAGCGAAGUUCCAUAUAACGGUUGGCCAUGAAACAGUCAUGGGCCGAGUCAUGUUCUUCUGCUUGCCCCCGCCUCAUGUCAACCACGAAGAACCUACGGAGCGUUUCGAUUUUGGAAAGGAGUAUCUGUACCAAGAUAGCUACGUCACUAAGGACUCUGCGACAUCAGAGCAGGACAAAGAAGGUGGCCUACAGGGAGAUGAGGUCCUUCCCAAGGAAGUAUGGGCCCUGCUGGAGUUUGAGAGGCCGGUAACUUGCCCCAGGUUGUGCCUCAUUAUUGGGUCUAAGCUGGACACCGACAUCCAUUCCAACACCUGCAGAUUAGCAUUCCAUGGCACCCUGCUGGAAGGAAUGGAAGAUAAGAACUACACGGAGACCUUUCUUCCCAAGCUUAAAGUCUUCAAGAUGAAGCUCAAGGAGGGACAGGUAGAGAGGGCCAACGACGAUUACAGCGUGAUUGGACGUUCCCUGUUCAAAAAGGAGACCAACAUCCAGCUGUUUGUGGGACUGAAGGUCAAGUUGUCCACAGGAGACGAGGGGGUUAUAGAAGGAAGCUUCGGGCAAAGUGGAAAGUUUAAAAUCCGAAUCCCGAAUGGUCUAAAGCCAGAGACUAAGCAGAUUCUUGGGUCCUCUUCUAAAAAGAAAUCUAGGGCUGGUAAAGGAGAUGCAGAACCGGCCAAGGAAGAAGAAACCAAAACGGACAGUCAGCCUGUACUCAUCACCUUGUGGUUCAAACGAUACGUGUUUGACCCUCAGAAGAAGAUGAUCCAGUCGUGAAGCAAGUCCUCUUGGCCUUAACUGUAAGGGGGAAGGGUAUCAUCUGUAGUCUCAACUGGUUCUUGAUGGACUCGAAGUGCAAUUGGUAUCGUCCACAACUAUGGUUGUGAUAUUUUGAAUGUCAUCAUGAAUGGCCUUAUCUUCAUUAUUUUUUAUUUUAUUUUUAUAGAAAAAUAAAUAGUAAUUUUAUGGGGUUUAACAUUAGAAAAGAAAUACAAUGUAAAACGUAUGGUCCGGGCUUAGAUUGGUAAUUGAUGCCGAAAUAACUUUAUCAAAAGAAAUUUACGCAUUACAUACAGAAACUUAAUUUAAACACUGGCCAGCUGUUGAGGGGCCGAGACCGUAAUAAUGCGUUGCAUUCUUUCAGAAGGAUAAACGAAUCUACGAUACUGGGUCUGACGUAUAUUUCUCCUUCAAGUCUCUAGUUUUUAUUUUGAGAGAUAAUUUGUGAUGUUUUUUAGAAUAUAAUUAAAAAAAAUAAAACCAGAUUGCACAGA